AUCUUUGUUGUGCAUCAUAAGCACCAUAUCUUGGUGCAGGAUCAGCAAGUGAACACCGAAACCAAUUUACGUUGUAUAGAACUCACAAGGGUCCCAACGAUGCCGCCAAAACAGCAACCAAGUAAAAAGGCAGAACAAAAGAAGAAGGAAAAAAUUAUCGAGGAUAAGACGUUUGGUAUGAAAAACAAGAAAGGGGCGCAGAAUCAGAAAUACGUCCAACAAAUUCAGAACCAGAUACGAAAUAAUAAUGCCCGACUGGAUCAACUUAAAGCUGCUGAGGCAAAGAAGAAGAAGGAGAUCGACGAUUUACGUGAU